AUGACAGAGUCCCUAUAUUCUAGAGGUUUCAGGAAUUCAACCAAUGAUUACUCUUUGUUUUACAAAAAACAGGGUGAGUCAUCAGUUUUUGUAGCUGUAUAUGUUGAUGAUGUGAUCCUUACUGGGACUAAUCUUGAGGAAAUUAAGGCACUGAAGACUUACUUACAUAAUCAGUUCAAAAUAAAAGACUUAGGCAAAUUACACUACUUCUUGGGGCUAGAGAUGCUUUACAAGGAUGAUGGAGUGUUGAUCUCCCAAAGGAAGUUCACCACUGACCUACUGAAAGAGUAUGAUUGCUUGGGGUAUUCUGCUGUUUCAUCUCCACUAUAUUCUUCAACCAAACUGAGGGCUGAAGAGGGUACUUUGCUGUCUGACCCAUCCUAUUAUAGAAAACUAGUUGGGAAACUCAACUUUCUCACAAACACAAGGCUGGAUAUUGCAUACAGUAUACAACACCUAAGUCAAUUUAUGCAGGCACCAAGAGAGACUCACCUGAAGGCUGCUAUACAUGUACUCAGGUAUCUGAAGAAUGAUCUUACUCUAGGCAUUUUUCUGUCAAAUGAUCCCUCUUACAAGGUCACAACCUAUUGUGACUCGGAUUGGGCAGCAUGCCCUGACUCAAGGAGAUCUGUAAGUGGGUAUCUAGUGCUCUUUGGAGGUAGCCCCAUUAGCUGGAAAUCAAAGAAGCAGACUACUGUCUCACUAUCUUCUGCAGAAGCAGAGUACAGAUCACUGAGAAAGGUGGUUGGAGAGCUGGUAUGGGUGCAGAGAUUGUUGGAGGAACUCACAGUUCCAUGUACUAAUCACAUUCAAGUGUUUUGUGAUAGCCAAGCAGUUGUACACAUUGCUAGGAACCAUGUGUUCUAUGAAAGGACAAAGCACAUAAAAGUCGAUUGCCACUUUAUGCAAGACAAGCUACAUGAUGGUCUAAUUACGCUUAAUCACAUUUCUACUCAUGAUCAACUAGCUGACAUUUUAGCAAAGGCUCUCACAGGAAUUAAACAUUCAGACCUUCUAGACAAGUUAGCAGUGAGUUCCUCACCUCCAACUUGUGGGGGGNGGACGCUAGAAAACGUCCACACACAGCAAACUUUAAUUUAA